GACAUGCAUUCAAUCAAGGGGUUGAGGGCUGAGGCCUUGGGUUCUGAGUAAUUCCACCAGUUUCAGCCGCUCGUCCGUUUCCUUUAUAGUUCCUCGGGACAUUUCCCAAAACGCCCUUCCCUCGCUCCCAAAUCUCCGCUUCACCGCCAUUUCCUCCACCGCUGCAUUCGCCAUGGUGGAGGACGAGCAUCCUAGCGGGCCGGCGCAUGUAAAAGGGGUUUCCCUCGUUCUCCAUCCUCAUUAAUUCCCAUCCGUUAGGGGCUAGGGUUUUUGGAGGCCUUGCAGAGCCACUCCACACUGGUUUAUACAGAAAAAAGAGCUUGUUUUUUGUUGGUUUUUUUCUCCGGCUUUGUGGCAACUCGAUCCGAUCGGACAUGUCCGACGACAUCGUCAUGCAUUUAGCAUCGAACUCGAACUCCUCGGACCCGACGCUUCCAUCUAAACUUGCAAAAUUGGAGGCCCGGAUGGCCGGCAAGAGCUCUUCUUCACCAUUGAUGCAGCCGGGGUGGCAGCCAGCUUCUACGGCGAAAUACGGUGGCGCAGUGGACUUCCAGGCUUCGUCGUUAUCAAGUGAUUCAGACGAUGAUAGUGGUGGAGCUUACUUGAUACAAAGAAACUUUCAAAAGCGGCAAAGAACUUUAGAUGAUGAACAUGCAUUAGUUUGUUCUGAGGUUGCUGAUAUAUUGGACAAAGGCAAGCAAAAGCUCUGCCCGAGGAGGGAGGGAGCAAUGGAUGGAAAGAUAAAAGUUACCGAAGCAACUGAAGUUAGAAGCACCUUUGAUGAUGACUCUAAGAAGAGGAGGCAAGGUCGGGGUCGAGGUCGCUCUACCACAGGCAGGAGACAUGGUUCCAAGGCUUGUGAUCAAACACGGUCUAUGUCUUCAUCAUCCAUGCCACUGUCCAAUGGCCAUAUUGAGAUGGCAGCACAAAAGGAGGAAAUUCAUUUAUUACGAAGUAGAAUUGCCUCAUUGGAGGAGGAACUUGGAAAAUGCCGCCAAGAAGCAACUGAUAGUCAGCAGCUUUGCCACAAAUUAGAAAAGGAAUUGAAGGACUUAAAAGAGCACGAACAACAGAGUACAAUGAAGCGAGUAAAGGUUCUUUCUGAUUUGCUGAUAUCUAUAGCUAAAGCCGAGAGACAAGAAGCAAGAAUGAAAAUAAGGCAAGAAUCAUUGAGGCUUGGCAAUGUUAGUAUUAUCAGAGCUGGGACUGUCAUUUCAGAGACUUGGGAAGAGGGUCAAGUGCUGAAGGAUAUUAAUGCUCAUCUGAAAUCAUUGUUGGAGACAAAGGAAGCUAUUGAUAGGCACCGCAAAUCACUCAAAAAGAGGCAACCUGAUAAGGGUGAUGGAGGUGACGUUGAAACUGGAAUGUCAGAAGAAGAUUUUCUCAUACAAGAUGAAAUUUGUAAAUCUCGCUUAACAUGCAUCAAACGUGAGGAAGAAAAUUUUCUGAGAGAGAGGGACCGUUAUGAAUUGGAGAAGGCAAGGCUUAUUCGUGAAAUGAAGCGUGUAAGGGAUGAGGAUGGCUCUCGUUUUAACAAUUUCCAAGUUCUUAACCACCGAUACGCUCUUUUAAACCUGCUGGGAAAGGGUGGCUUUAGUGAGGUUUACAAAGCAUAUGAUUUGGCGGAGAAUCGAUACGUUGCUUGUAAGCUUCACGGUUUGAAUGCUCAAUGGAGCGAAGAAAAAAAACAGAGUUACAUACGUCAUGCAGUUCGUGAAUACAACAUACACAAAACGCUCGUUCAUCCUCAUAUUGUGCAGCUGUGGGACAUAUUCGAGAUUGAUCAUAAUACAUUUUGUACUGUCUUGGAGUACUGCAGCGGGAAAGAUCUUGACGCAGUUCUAAAAGCAACACCUGUUCUUCCAGAGAAAGAAGCAAGAAUUAUUAUUGUUCAGAUAUUUCAAGGCCUCAUAUACUUGAAUAAAAGAGCUCAAAAGGUUAUACAUUAUGAUUUGAAACCCGGAAAUGUGCUCUUUGAUGAGCUUGGAAUUGCAAAAAUGACCGAUUUUGGUCUUAGUAAGAUUGUUGAAGAUGAUGUUGGAUCUCAGGGCAUGGAGCUUACUUCCCAGGGUGCAGGAACAUAUUGGUAUCUGCCACCGGAAUGCUUUGAGUUGAGAAAAACACCAUUGAUAUCAUCAAAGGUUGAUGUCUGGGCAGCUGGUGUGAUGUUGUACCAAAUGCUUUUUGGUAGACGCCCCUUCGGACAUGACCAGACACAAGAGAGAAUUCUCAGGGAGGACACCAUAAUCAAUGCCCGCAAGGUGGAGUUCCCGCCAAAGCCUUCUGUUUCAAAUGAAGCAAAGGAGCUAAUUCGUCGGUGUUUGACAUAUAACCAAAAUGAGAGACCAGAUGUGCUAACUAUUGCUCAAGAUCCAUAUCUCUCUUACUUGAAGAGGUAGUCUGCCACAUAUUGAUGCCUAAUUUUAUAUAAAUCAUGUGUCGUAAAGUUCUACCCAUGCAAAAUCUUUCUGUGCAUUUUGUAAAGUUCCUGUUUCACUGGUAAUUUUUUCCCUCUCUUGGGGUUUUUUUGGCAAAUGUCCUCCUUUACUGUAGAGAAAACUGUAGAGCUUGUUACAGUAGAAAACAUAUUUUUUCUCUAGAUAAUGAAAAGGAGAUAUAGCAUAU